AUGGCGGCCCUCUCUAACGUCCUCCAAGCCAUAGUGGCCUUGCUAGUCGCGGCCAUUGUUGCGCCCACAGCCCACGCACAGCUCCUAGCUCCUAGCCCCACCAAGUACGCGCCCUGCGACGGCGGCAAGGAGGCGACGUGCGCCAGCACGGGCGCCGCCGCUGGCAAGCCCAUCUGCUGCGAGAGGCACAAGGCGGUGUGCGGCACGCGGCUGGACGGCGCCCCGCGCUGCGUCACCUGCCCGCAGUACUGCCCCGUGGACUGCAUGCCUGGCUACAAGUGCGGCGCCGACCCAGCAGACCCCAACCGCUGCUGGAAGUGCCUGCCCGACCCCGGCGGCAGCGCCACCCCCGGCUACGUGCGCACGACGUGCAGCGCCUCCAAGCCCUGCCCCACCGGCCAGCUGUGCAGCACCGGCUUCUGCCGGCAGGACCCCUGCACAGACCCCGGCUUCAAGGGGUGCAGCGGGGCCACCCCAAAGUGCAGCGUCACCCCCUCCUUCACGGCAGAGUGCAUUGCAGAUCCCGCAACAGCUGUUGCCACCGGAUCCAUGUCCAGCAACUGCAAGCCUGCCUGCGGCAAGGGGUACCAGUGCAGCAAGGUCGGCAGCAAGCUGCAGUGCGUCAAGCUGCAGGUGAAGAAGCGAGGGCGCCGGCUGCUGGCGGCCCCCAGCCGGCGCGAGCUGCGCCUGUAG